AUGGGAGACAAAAAUAAUAAUAAAAGGAAAAGAACUUAUUCUAGUUCAACCGAAAAUUCUGGUAGUAAAAAAAAUAAACGUGAACCGGGUGAAAAAAUGUUGGAAAAAAAAAAGAUAGAAAAGAAACUUGAGAAAAAUGACGAAAAGAGAAAUGGUGAAAGAAAGAAUUCUCUUCCACGAAGACCUAAUGUUGACCAAGAGAACCAAAAUGGAUGUCGUUCUCAUAGUUCGUCAGCUCAUCCCGGUGUAUUUUUAAAUUCUUACGAUUUGGUACUAGAACUGGAUACUUUUGCUAAUCAAAGCAGUUCAAAGCAAAGGAAUAAAAAAAAUACUUAUUGUUAUACUAAAUACAUCAUUUACCCAAGUGGACAAAAAGAGAAAUUUGCUUUAGCAAGUUCAUCCAAAUUUGAAUAUGACCCUGUUGAUGAAUUAUUUAGAUUUGUAGAAACGUUUAUUUUUUAUUUUAUUAAUAAUGGAGUUAAAACUGAUGAUGAAGUUGAUGAACAUUCAGAUCCAAAACCACAUACCGACAUCCAAAAACGGUUUACUUAUUCUAAAGAAGGAAAGAUUAGAAACCAAAAUUCAAUAUACAGGGACCUCCGAUCUUCUUUAAGAACCAAGCGUAAGGAUAAGUUUAUUGAAGCAAUAAAAAGCUUCAAUAGUCAAAUGGAUGACUUGGUUCAAAAUAAUGACCUAGAAUCGUUUCUUAAAGUUAGGAGACCUGAGAGCUGCUUUUUAGAAUUUAUGUUAGAGCAAAUUUAUGCUCGUUGCUGUAGCGAAACUCAUUUACCAAAUAUCACAAAGGCUAAAUCAUUUUCUGAUGCUACUUAUGGCGAAUUACAAUUUGCUCUUGUUGAAGAAAUGAUCCAAAAAGCAGGAAUAAAUAGCAAUUCAACGUUUAUUGAUUUAGGAUGUGGUAUUGGUAAUAUAGUUAUUCACAUAAAUGCUAGGAUCGGGUGUGAUUCUUAUGGUGUAGAAUCGAAUGAAGCGCGAUUUGAUAUAGCAGAUAGGCAAGUAAAUGAAUAUAAAGGCAGGAUGGCUCUCUGGGGUUUAGAUCAAACUGGUACAGUAGAAGUAAAGAAAGCCGACUUUCUCAAUUCGGAUUAUGUGAUCCGUUUAUUGAGAAAAGCAGAUAUAGUUCUCACUAAUAACUACGCAUUUACUUCGUCGACGAAUGAAGCCCUUACAAGAUUAUUCUUGGAUAUGAAGAAAGGAGCUAAGAUUAUAAGUCUUAAAGAUUUCAGAACAGGUGCUAAUCGUAAUGGCCCGGAAUCGAUUUUAAAUGUUGUCAAGUAUUCUUAUCCUCCAGAUAGAAAUUAUGUUUCAUGGACCAACGCCGACGGUUGUUAUUUUG